AUGUCUCAAUCCAACGAAAAAGGAAAGACUUUCCACAUCAUCUUGAAGAAUCUCUUGGCUGGCGGUAUUGCCGGCAUAUGUUCAAAAACAGCUGUGGCACCAUUGGACAGGAUAAAAAUUCUAUUGCAAGCACAGCAUAAGCAUUAUAAACAUUUAGGCGUUUUCUCAGGGUUAAAGCAGAUUGUACAAAACGAAGGGUUCUAUGCUCUGUAUAAAGGCAAUUUUGUACAAAUGGUUAGAGUCGUUCCUUACGCGGCAGGACAAUUUACAGCGUAUGAAAUAUAUAAAAAGUAUUUAGGAGGGUCGUUCGGGCAAUAUUCGCACAUUGAUCGAUUCUUGGCUGGAGCUGCUGGAGGUGUCACAGCAGCUACAAUCACAUAUCCGCUCGACAUGAUUAGAGCGAGGCUAGCCUUUUUAAGCAACGGCGACACAUUUUACACUGGAAUAUCCGAUGUUGCUACAAAGAUUUUCCGACAGGAAGGCGGUUUUCGUGCAUUAUACAGAGGAUAUUUACCGAAUGUGAUAGCGAUAAUACCGUAUGCUGGAUUAUCCUUUUACACGUACGAGAAGCUGAAAUAUCUAUGCAUGAAACGUGCGUCGGAUUACUUUUGUUCUAAGCAGGAUAGCGGCGGUCUCGUGUUGAAUGUAUUCGCGAAGCUUCUAUGCGGAGGUGUUGCCGGUGCCGUAGCGCAUACCGUCUCUUAUCCAUUAGACGUCACUAAGAGGCGCAUGCAAUUAGCUAUGAUGCAUCCAACUACGUAUAAAUAUGGAUCGGGAAUGUUGUCCACUAUACGCAUGAUAUAUCUUGAAGACGGUGUUGUAAGAGGUUUAUAUCGUGGGAUGACCGUCAAUUUCUUACGAUCUGUUCCAUUCGUGGCGGUCGGUUUUACGUCAUAUGAGAUAAUGAAGCAGAUGCUGGAUUUAGACACGGGAAUAAAAGUGUAAUUUAGAUAAAACAGACAUAAUUGUCCAUUGUAAAUAAAUCGAAUAAAUUUACAUACAUGCGUAUAUAUCGGUUACACAUGAAUGUCAAAUUUAUUUGCACUAAGAUUUAUAGUUUUUAUGCUUCUAAUUUUUUUAUAGCACAACGGAUAUAUUAUACUAUACUAUAUUAAAAUUGUAUAUUAUGUUAUUUCCAUGAAGAUAUACAAUUAUUUGUGAAAAGAAAAUGAAGAAAAAAUUACGCACUUAUACAGUAAAAAUAAAUAUUCUAUUUAUUUUUUUGUAUUGUUAAGGUUUUUUUAAAAAACGUUAAUAAGAGUUUUUAGACGAGUAAAAACAAUUAAAGAAUAUUUUUCAACGGAAUAUUUCACAUUUAAUUUUUUUUUUUUGAUAAAACGACUCCUUCUAGUUAUGCUAUAUCCAAUUCAACUUUUCGAUCAAUAUAUUUAUAUUAAAAUUUAUCAAUCGUAUUUAGCAUCAACAAAUUGUAACAUUCUGUGAUAAGUUCCGUUAAAAUAAUUAAAUAUAUUAACAAGCUCAAUUGUUAGCACUUUGUAUAGAUUUAGAUUUCAAUGUAUUAAGAGUACGACAAUAUCCAUGUGAAAUGUACAAAUAAUGUCGAACAAAUCGGCGAGACUAAAUUAGUGGUUAUUUUUAUACAUAAUGUAUAUAUUGCUAUAAAGACAGAUGAAACUUUAAGCAAGAAACAAGAUACUAAAUAAAAAAUAUUUUCCUAGA